AUGGAUCCAGGGAGUAGUAGUGCUAAGGCUAGAGGGGAUGACGCGAAACCUUCCAAUAUGGGUGGCAGAGAUCAUGAUGCUAUAUUACGUAGUGUCACCCAGCAGGUGAUGGCAGAGAUGACUAGAGGUUUAGGGGAGCGGAGUUGCACAAUUGAGCAGUUCAUGCGUAUAAGACCCCCAUCAUUUUCUGGAGGAGCUAACCUACUUAUGGUGGAGAACUGGGUCCAGGAUAUGAAGGACAUGUUGGCAGUUCUAUUGGAGGAGCAGAGACCUGACACUGUAGCGGUGAUAUGGAGCCACUUCAGGGAGAUCCUUUUCAAGAGAUAUUUUCUCGCUAUUGUCAGAAGUGUGAAGGCAGCGAAUUUUCUGCACUUGACGGAGGGACUGAUGAUAGUACAACAAUAUGCAGUUAGGUUCAUUGAGUUGUCUCAGUUUGCUCCGUAUUUGGUACCGGAUGAGGAAAGGAAAGUGUGGAAUUUCGAGGAGGGCUUGAGAUAG